AUGGCCGUAGGAGGAUCGUCCGUCGGUGUGCUGGACUACGGCGGUGGCGUGACGUUCUCCGUCGUGGUGACCAGCCUCAUGGCUGCCUCCUGCGGCCUCAUCUUUGGCUACGACUCCGGCGUCUCAGGUGGCGUGACUCAAAUGGAUUCGUUCCUGGGCAAUUUCUUCCCGGACGUGAUCGACGGGAGGAAGAGCGCAAAGGUGGACGCCUACUGCAAGUACGACAACCAAUGGCUCACCGCCUUCACGUCGUCGUUAUGGAUCGCCGCCGCGCUGUCCUCGCUGGUGGCGAGCCGCGUGACCCGAAGGGUGGGCCGCCAGGCCAUCAUGCUCAUCGGCGGCGUGCUGUUCCUCGCCGGUUCCGUCAUCAACGCCGCCGCGGUGAACAUCGCCAUGCUCAUCAUCGGCCGGAUGCUGCUAGGCUUCGGCCUUGGCUUCACCUUGCAGGCCGCUCCUGUGUAUCUCUCCGAGACAGCGCCGGCGAGGUGGCGAGGCGCGUUCACGUCGGCCUACAACGCCUUCGUCGUCGUCGGCAUACUGUCGGCGACCGUCACCAACUACUUCACCAACCACAUCCCCGGCUGGGGGUGGCGCGUCUCCCUGGGCCUGGCAGCCGUGCCGGGCGCUGCCACCGUCCUGGGAGCCUUCUUCGUCUCGGACACCCCCAUCAGCCUGGUCAUGCGAGGCCAGCACGAGAGGGCUCGCGCCGCGCUGCAGCGCGUCCGCGGGGACGACGCCGACGUCGACGCCGAGUUCAAGGACAUCGUCCGCGCCGUGGACGUGGCGCGCCAGAACGACGACGGCGCGUUCCGGCGGCUGUUCAGCAAGGAGUACCGGCACUACCUGGCGAUAGGGGUGGCCAUACCCGUGUUCUACGAGUUCACCGGCAUGAUCGUCAUCUCCAUCUUCUCGCCGGUGCUGUUCCGGACGGUUGGGUUCAGCAGCCAGAGGGCUAUCCUUGGCUCCGUGAUCAACAGCAUGACCAAUCUGGCCUCGACGUUGCUGUCCUCCGUCGUCAUGGACCGCGUCGGACGCAGGUUUCUGUUCGUCGUUGGUGGCUUAGGUAUGAUGAUUUGCGAGGUGACCAUUUCCUGGAUCAUGGCGGAUCACCUCGGGAAGCACGGAGGGGUGACGACGAUGCCGCGGAGCUACGCGACCGGCGUGCUGGUGUUGAUCUGCAUGUGCACGUUCAGCUUCGGCCUGUCGUGGGCCCCGCUCAGGUGGGUGGUGCCGAGCGAGAUCUACCCCGUGGAGGUCAGGUCGGCCGGGCAGGCCCUGAGCAUCUCCAUCACACUAUGCAUCUCCUUCGUGGAGCUGCAGGUGUUCAUCGCGCUGCUCUGCGCCAUGAAGUACGCUGUCUUCCUGUUCUACGCCGCAUGGCUCCUGGUCAUGACCGUCUUCGUCGUGAUGUUCCUGCCGGAGACGAAAGGCGUCCCGCUGGAGGCCAUGCAGUCCGUGUGGGCGCGGCAUUGGUACUGGAGGAGGUUCGUCAAGGAGGAUGCCAGGCAGGACAACCAAGUCAAUUGUUUGUAA